AUGGAGACAUCUCUAAGAUAUGGAGUAAACUCCAAAGCCCUCAAAAUUCAUGCCAAGGAGAAGUUUCCCAUUGAUUCCAACACCCACUUGCAGGUUCAUGGGGAGCUAGAUACAAGAAUUGGAGCUCCGAGUUAUGCCAGUGCAAUGAUAAGACAUUUUUAUCCAGAUUUGGCUGCUAGUAUUGGAGUGGGGUUGCAAUAUGAUAAGCAUGAAAAGGUCCGGUAUUUUGUCCGGGGAAAAAAGGGUUUUCCUGUGACAAAUGAUGGUUUGUUAAGCUUCAAUGUUAAGGGACGUUGUGAUGUUGACAAAGAAUUUAAACAGAGGAAUCAAAAAGCAGCUGCAGAACUAUCUUGGACCGUAUUUAAUUUCCAGAGAGACCAAGAUGUUAGAUUCAGAAUUGGGUAUGAAGUGAUUACCAAGGUGCCUUAUAUGCAGAUUAGGGAAAAUAAUUGGACCCUCAAUGCUGACAUGAAUGGUAAAUGGAAUGUGAGAUUUGAUUUGUGA